GUUUAACCUUCAUUGAAAGUAGUGCAAAACCAGCGGCAUUCCUUCAGUCGCUGCAAAUAUUUGUUACCAUCGAGUCUAUUCCAGAUUAUUAAUAGGAAAUCAUAUUUUACGAUUUACGUUGAAACAAAAGAUAAACGGAUCAACAAUGAGCCCAAAAUUCGUCGUAGCCAUCACCAUUUUCAUUAUUCUGGUUCUAGUGCAAUUCCAAUUUACUUCAGCCGCAGGAAGAAGAUUUCGAUGCAGAAAACAAAACGAGCACUACGAAUGUGGAAGCAUGUGUCAGACUCGAUGCACAAACUUGGGAAAGAAGUGCAGAAUCCAGACGGACAGAUGCAAGGACGGAUGCUACUGCAAGAACGGAUUCGCCAGAGAUACAUUGGGUGAAUGCAUUCCCGUCGACAAGUGUCCCAAGAAAUAAUCCCGCCGAAGCUAGCAUUA